GUUCAAACCACCUCAUUCCAACCAGCUUCUUCAACUUUCACAUUCUUUUUCUUCAUUUAAUUUGCCAGAAAUCCAUAAUAUUUGUUUUAUUAAAUACCAUUUAUAUUUGCAUGCCAACACAUUAUUUCUUUUUUUAUUUCUAUGGUAGUUAAGCCACAGUGUUGAAUCUUGGUUUUUCCAUUUAUAAAUAGUUGGUAAAAAAGACUGUGGCAAGUUGGUUUGCUUUCAGACUUGUCUGCAAUUCUAUCUUUGCGUUUGUUUUAGCUUUUUGUGAACUUUCCAAGUAAUGGGCUCUCUGUUUCUUUAAAUAAAUUUAGGUUUACAAAUCUUUGCACACUGCUUGCUGCUGUCAGAUCAAGAAAAUUCAAGGGUAAUUUCGUAUCAGCCGAUAUUUUAAUUUUAAAGAGGCAUGAAGUGUUUCAAUUUUUACAUUGGGGAAAAGAAGGAUGAAACUAAGCCAUCCAAGUCAAUUGAGGGUCAGUCUUCAGGUUCUGGUUUUACCGAUCGUUCAGCAAGGCGAUCAGGGUCUGAAUUCAAUUCCAGAAAUAUGUCAGAUAUCAGCAUGGAGUCCAUUGGAAAACCCAUGAUUCCAAGCUUAUCACAGAAGUCCAACAACCUCAGAGAGUUUACACUUGCUGACCUAAAAUUAGUCACUAAAAAUUUCAGCCAUUCCACCAAAAUUGGCGAGGGUGGAUUUGGGUGUGUCUACAAGGGUGUGAUUAAAACAUCUGAAGAUAAGAAACUUAAUGUGGCUGUUAAACAGCUUGGUAAAAGAGGAUUGCAGGGGCACAAGGAGUGGGUUACUGAAGUUAAUGUUCUAGGGGUGGUCGAGCAUCCGAAUCUUGUGAAAUUAGUGGGUUACUGUGCUGAAGAUGACGAAAGAGGGAUUCAGAGGCUUCUAAUUUAUGAAUAUCUUCCGAAUGGGAGUGUAGAGGACCAUCUAUUAAGUCGGGCAGAGAUGCUUCUUCCCUGGACCCAGAGGCUGAAAAUAGCACAAGAUGCUGCUCGUGGCUUAGCCUACCUGCAUGAGGGAAUGGACUUUCAGAUCAUCUUUAGAGAUUUUAAGUCUUCAAACAUUCUGCUUGAUGAUCAAUGGAAUGCUAAGCUAUCAGACUUUGGAUUGGCUAGGCUGGGGCCGUCGGAGGGGCUGACCCAUGUCUCGACCGCGGUUGUCGGAACAAUGGGAUAUGCAGCUCCAGAGUAUAUUCAAAGUGGCCGUCUCACUUCAAAAAAUGACGUAUGGAGCUAUGGAGUAUUUCUUUACGAGCUCAUCACUGGGAGACGGCCAUUGGACAAAAACCGCCCAAAGGUCGAGCAGAGCCUUUUGGAAUGGAUAAAGCCUUACUUAUCCGAUGCGAAGAAGUUCAGGAUGAUAAUAGACCCCAGACUUGAAGGCAAAUAUUCUCUGAAGGCAGCCCACAAGUUAUCAAUUGUAGCCAACAGAUGCUUGUCCAGACACCCAAAAUCACGCCCAAUGAUGAGUGAGGUACUGGAAAUGGUAAAUCGGAUCAUAGAUCCAGCAGCUGAAACAGGCACUAGUCAGCCAGCUGUGAGUCCUGUGACACGUUCAGUUCCGGUAACUCCCAAGGAAGUUACUCAUCAAGAACAGAUUUCAGAUGAAACUGAAAGGAAAGGUAAGAGGAGUACUAUGGAUUCAAAAAACGGAGAUAGCUCGUGGUUAGCACGGAUGUUGACGCCAAAGCUUCUAAAGACGUGCUAAUACAAUGUUUCCUGCAUAUAAUGCUACGCUGUUUUUUGAUUCUUGAGUUUCAAGUAACAAGGCCCUGCGUUGUCUGUGUGAGCGGAAAUUGUGAAUUAGAGCAGCAAAUGACUGUAUAUAUGAGAGAUGGGAAAUUUUAUCAAUGCUUAGAAGUUGAUUACAUUUGGCAUUAUUUGCUUUACCUUCAGUGUUACAUCUUUCUUGAUCUUGCAAAUUUGCAGAUUAAUGCCUUCUCAAUUUGUACAACAUUCUUUUAUCCUAAUUUUUUAAUCAAAAAACGUUGGGAUUUUUUA